AUGUUGGCGGCAGCAGUAGCAGCUCGACGCAUUCUUCCGAUGCGUUCCGGAUUUCUCAACCCACGCCUGAUGAUGCUACGCUCCGUUUCGGCAUCAGUGCCCGAUCGUCCCCAGUUCGAUCCCAUCGUAUGCUGCGGUGGUAGUAGUUUUCUUUCGCAGCUGAUCAGAUGCACUGUUUGUUACAGUGCUCGGAAAGUAUACAAAGAGACGCACGACCAUUCGACGAUGUUCAAAAUUGAGAAGUAUUUCUCGGCUGGCAUGCUACCCCUUCUUCCGGCUGCAUAUUUCAUCCAUGGAUCGACAAUGGAUACAAUCCUGGCGGUUGUAAUAACAUUGCACGUGCAUUGGGGUCUACACGGCGUACUCAGCGAUUAUGGACGUCCAUUCGUGCUGGGUCCGGCGCUGGCCAAAAUCGUGCAAGGGCCGUUCUCGUAUCUGCUCAGCAUCUGCUUGCUGGCCGGUUUGCUGCAUUUCAACACUUAUGAUGUUGGCAUAACGAAGGCAUUCGAGAUGGUCUGGUCCCUGUAA